AUUGAGGAAAAGUGUUUAGGAGGAAAACAUUUUGUAGUCGAACACAAAGCAUGACACAUUUAAGCGCAUUUUAGCAUUUACACGACAGAGAAACUUGCGACGGAACGCUAUGGACGGCAUCAUCGCGAUAGCGUGCUUUUUCUCUAUAAUCAUGCUUCCUGGAGUCCAUUGCGCCAAGCGACACAGGCCGGUGAUGUGCGGCAAGUCGGACUCGGACAAAAACGACGAAAGCAUGUUAAUGGUGGCAGCGUUACUUCCGGACAAGAUGAUGACCACAUAUCCCCAUGCCCGGACCAGUGGAGUGAGAACCUUCUUCUCGCGAUUGUCCAACUCGGAAUGUCCAACGCGUCUGCCAAAGUCGUCUGUCCUGUGUCCCCACUACGUCGUGCUCAACUUCGACCGCAACAGGAUCCCUACCGUUAUCUAUGAGGCCAGGUGCAAAUGUAGUAAAUGUUUGGAAAUGCAAACAAACGAGUGCCGACCCGUGUACUUCUUAAGAUCCGUUCUCCAGCGCAAUACCAGCUGGUCAUGUUUCGAAAGGAAAGUCAUAGCUAUCAGUUUGGGCUGUCAGUGCCAUACUAUGAAGAGGAUGGACAUACAUUGAGAUCCAGUCCAUCGUUGAAGGGGAUUAUAUUGAAAUACGGAUUCAACGAACUCGUAUGGACUUAAGUUGUAGUUCGAUACAUCAGUACAUCGUGAUAUCGUGUGUUCGCAAGAGCAAUAAUUGCUUUGUCAAUAUUUUGUAAUAUCAGUUUGGAAUUUAAGAAAUUCCAAAUAAAAAAUUAUUGAACUUUCAA